ACAGAUGAUUGUCUACAAUGAGUGACCAUAAGGACAGUCACCUCCAGUACCACACUUUAACACCCGAUGGGGACGACCAGCACGACUACCCCCUCACACCUCCCCCUUAUUCGCCAUUUCCGGACCAUAAUUCUUAUAUGCCAAACCCAUGCAACUCGUCUACUAUUCCUCCCAACCCUCCCAUCCCUCCCAACGUAUCCAUCGCUGGUCAGCACGUAUACCAACAGCCGAUGCCUGUCUUCCCUCCGAUCACUGCCAACGCAGAUGUCUUUCAAUCCAAUUACGGGACAAUCGUUCAGACGGUUCCGCAGACUAUCAUAUUCAUCGGCUCGUGUCCGGCCUGUCGGGUUGGAGUACUGGAGGAAGACUUCACAUUUUUGGGCCUAUUGUUGGCGAUCCUGUGUUUUCCAAUCGGAAUCCUCUGCUGUUUUGCCUUAAGACAGAGACGUUGUCCUAAUUGUGGCACAACUUUUGAGUAAAUCUCUAUUUUUAC